AAACUGAUAUUAUGGAUCUGAACAAUGAAGCUAAGUACAGGUAAGUCUGGUGUUUCAAGCGUUCCCAUGACCCGGUAUCCCAGCAUUCCUUGCGCGGUGACGAGGAAGGACAUCUUUUCGGAGACCACCGAGGACACAUCAAGAAGCGUCCCAAGACGUUUGACAGAAGCUCUUAAAGAUGGCUGAGACUAUCGAAGAGAAGAUUAAGGGCUACAGGACUGCUCCCUUUGACGCCCGGUUCCCCAACACCAACCAGACCCGCAACUGUUUCCAGAACUACCUGGACUUCCACAGGUGCAACAAGGCUCUGUCAGCCAGAGACCAGGACACGGCUCCCUGUGUUUGGUACCAGAGGGUUUACAAGAGCCUCUGCCCCAUGAGCUGGGUUGCCAAAUGGGAUGAGCAGAUAGAGAAUGGAACCUUCCCAGGGAAGAUCUGAACUCGUCAAGCCGUUAUUGAUCAGGACCGUCCACUCCAGGACAUUCUGUUACAUGCCCCUUUGCCUCUGUAGAGUGCCUAAGAACAUCUUCAAACAGCUUUCACAUGGUCAUCAUCAUUGAUGUUACUUUACUUAACCUAAACACGCACAACUUUUUACCCUGCAUGUCAAGGUCUGAAGUUUGUUUUCUCUCUCUGUUGUACACCACUCUUGAGCAGUGAUUGAUCAAUAAAUACAUUUUGGAUUUAAUUAAAA